CCUCGAUCAACCAUACCGUUAAUGGGUGACAGGCUGGCUCAUGUGACAUGCAAGUGUACUGACCCCAAAAGCUGCAUCGUGCGGCGUCCAGAGCGGUCCGCGGCGUGAUAUCAAUUAUCGCCGCGUGGUGAACAGAAAACGCCGCCGCGGACCAAACCUUGAAUGGCACGGGCGUUCAUCGUGCAUUAUGGUCACCGCAUCCGCUCCGCAAUGCCCAGACGAUCCAGGAUCAUAGUGCUUGUAGCCGAGGCCGCACCCCCGCUUUUGGAAUCGAAAGGCUUGUUGCUCCAAGAUCUCGAGACGCUUGCCUUUGACGUGAUGCGAGGGGUUCAACGCAAGAUCUGACGACCAAGUCUGGACAACUGGAAGGACGUUAACAAUUCCUUCGUUCAAGGUUUCCGUUUCGUGCGCCGCGCCGACCAGAUCGAUCCCGCUGCGAAAGGCAGCAUCAUGGCCGACAGUGAAGGCUACAUCGCGAAGCCCUCUGCCGAUUGCUGCUUGAAGGGUUCCAUCCACCAAGGCGAACCGAGAGGGCGUUUCGAGACUGUCCACGGUGUCGAGACAUACAUUUCGAGUCCUCAGGGCAAGAACAACGGCAACAUCCUUCUCUACUUCCCAGACGUAUGGGGUUUCUUCCCGAAUGGCUUCCUCAUCAUGGACGGAUUCGCCGAUGCAGGUUAUCUAGUCUUAGGGCUGGACUAUUUUCGAGGCGACCCGGUCUGGAAACACCGCAAGAAUCGUAACGAUCGAUCAGAAUCAGAUUUCGACUACGAAGCCUGGAAGAAGAAGCAUAUUGCAUUCGCCGACGAAACCGUGCCAGGCUGGGUCGAGGCCGUCAAGUCUCAAUUUGGCAAGCCUCAGACAAAGUAUGCUUGCGUUGGGUACUGCUUUGGAGCACCGUAUGUCUGCAACGAGCUGGCCGGCGAAACGUGUGCAGCAGGCGCAUUUGCGCAUCCAGCAUUUCUGAAAGAUCAUCAUUUCCGUCAGCUGAAAAAGCCGCUGUUUCUGUCCUGCUCGGAAGUUGACCAUACAUUCGGAGAGGAAGCUCGAAGAGAAGCCCUUACCAUCUUACAAGAAGACAAGAAGACGUACAACUUUCAACUCUUUUCCGGUGUCGAACACGGUUUCGCCUUGCGUGGGAACAUGGACAAUCCUUAUGAGCGCUAUGUCAAAGAAGAAAGCCUGCGGAGCAUUUCUCAGUGGUUUGACUUUUGGCUGUCGCAGUAG